UAAAAAUAUAAAUUGCAAUAGGGAAAGAAAUCCAUGACGAUUUCGAGGCGAAAUGCAUUUGUGAAACACAUUUUAUGUCUCGAGCAUCUGUAAAUACUCAAAACAUGACAUUUUGUAGUUGUGGCAGCCUUCCGACCUCUUCCACUCGCCCCUCCCCGACCGCGCCUUGAGGGAAUAUCAGAAAGCACUUACAACGCACUCAAAUUCAAGUGUGGAUGCAAUCAACGUGUUGAGCCCCACAUGAUAAAUUGUUUUCACAGGCGAUUUGCAGAAUCGAAUGCAAAGUGAAUUGCAGCAUGCGAAGGAAACGGAAAAACAAAUUGAAUUGAAAAAUUGUGCGAGUCGAUAGGCAAAUGGACUGAGUGCUGCCAGACAACAAAGGAACAUAAUGCGCUAGCUUCUGUUCUGCUUACAUAAUCUUUAUAAUGAGACACUAACCGGAGCAAAAAGAAAGAAAGAGAGUGAGCGCGUGAGAUAGACAGAGGAGAGAGAGAGCGAGAAAGAGAGAGAGAGAGAGAGAGAGAGAGAGAGACAGACAGAAAGCAAUUGUCAAUAACCAGCAAGCAAUAAUUCAACACCGAGCAGACGAGGAUUACUCCCUCUCCGACAAGAAUGCCCUUUGGACGUAAAUCCCCACUGGAGGCGCUCGCCCUGCCCGGCGUUAUGCUGGCCUACAAGUACAGCCAGUUCCGACAGAGACGACGCGAGGCGGCCAGUCGAAGGGUCACCGAACGGGAGCUCUCAGCCCUGCAUCAUAAAAUCGACAAACUGCUGAGCAAGUUGGAAGAAGAGAGCGAGCCGGAUCCUCCAACCUCGCAGGAAGAUGAAUGCGUGAUCUGCAUCAAUGCUCGCGCCACAAUGCAGACCUCGCCCUGCGGCCAUCGCGUCGUCUGCCGGCGCUGCUUCGUGAAGACCAUACAGAGUGCCGUGGCACAGCGUUUGCUGCCGCUGCGCUGCGUGAUCUGUCGGGCGCGGGUGAAUCGGCUGACCUCGUCGUCGGGCAGCUGGCGCAUACAGGAGUCGGCCAGCAGCUAUUCCAUGGGUGCCAAGAGCUGGGCCUCGGCGGGCGUGCAUGCGGGCGGCGUUGUCGCCUCGGCCAGCUCCUAUUCGAUGAACGAUGCGCACAGCGAGCACCAUGCGUUCCAUCAGCCCACGCUGCACACGGCCGCUGGGGCACGCAACCAUCAUCAUCAGUAUGCGGCGGCACGUGGCGCUCAUGGACGGGUCUCGCAAUCGGACAGCUUGUACUCAAUGAGCUCCACGGGCUCGGCGGGCUCCACACUAUCGGGCUACUCGCACUACUCCAAGACGUCUUCCAUAUCGAGCAGCGGCGCCUGCUCGCCAGCCUCGCCGGCGGCGUUGGCGCACAGUGCCCAUCACUUGGCGCCGCCAUCGCCCAACACACACCAUCAUCAUCAGCAGCAUCAUCAUCAGCAUCAGGUGAUUUCACCGUCUGGCUCAUCCUCUUGCUCCAGCGUGGGCUCGCUAUCGCCUCGCGACUCGGCCGCUCAUCACUCGCAUCACGGCGGCUGUCCCAGCGGCUGCUCGGGCGCUGUGCCGCGCAAGCCUCUGCACACGCUCAGCAACUCCGCCUCUACAUCCUCAUCCAGCAGCAGCAGCGGCAGUGGCAGCGGCAGCGGCUGCAUGACACCCACGCCCACACACACCUAUCCGGGUAGGCGGCACGUCAAGAGCCGCAUGCUGGAUCUGCAGAAUCGGCUGCCACCCAUCAAGGAGUUUCGCAGUCCAGCCAAAGUGCCACAUCCCUCGCCGGUGCAUGUCAGCAAUCCGCGCUUUCGGUAUGCUUCGUAUACGAAGUCCAGCGGCCAUCAGUUGGCGCCGCUGCUGCGUGAGUCAACGUCACCGCCGCCGCCUCGUCGGCCGAGUCCCAUGAAUAUACAGCUCAGCUGCACGGCUUUAGCGCCGCCCCCGCUUAAGGCAGGCGGCGCCAAGAUUAGUCCGCUCAAUGCCAAAAACUCGCUGCCCAAAAAUGCCUACGUGAUGCCCAAGGACAAAAAGCAACCGAAUGCUCCACCGCCACCCGCAAGCAGCAAGAGUCAAGUCACCAAGGGCGCAGCAGCAGGCACAGCAGGAGCCGGCGCCAGUGCCUCCUCCUGCUCCUCCUCUUCCUCAAAGUCGGGCAACAACUGCAGCAAGCCCCACUCAACCGAUUCGAAUCGCAGUUUUCCGCUCUUCUCCAGCAGCAGCAGCAAAGAGAAAGCGGAUAACAAGAAAAACGAAUCCAUGGAGCGCAAGAAGAAGGAGGAGAAGCUCAAGAUGAAGGCUGAAAAGGAAGCCAGAAAGGAGGAGAAGCGACUGGCCAAGGAGGAAGAGCGCCUGGCCAAGCUGCAUGCCAAGGAGGAGAAGAAACGUGGCAAAAAGGAGGCCAAGGAGCUAUUAUUGGCAAACGAUGGCAAUAAUAAGAAAUAAAGUUAAUUAACGUGCAAAGCUAAUGUUGAAAUUACAAACGAUAAAUGGAAACUGUAUUAUAUCAGACAUAAUAAUGACAUGACACACACACAAACAUACACACAUACCCACACAUUCCAUAAAAACGAGCUUGAUUGUAUUUAUAGGAUAUUUAUUUAUAUACAAAACCAAAAUUAUUUUAUUACACAAAAAAAAUUAGCCCGCAAAACCCUUCACACAAAAAAUUG